AUGGCUGGUGAUCUCGACAUUGGAAAUGACAAAGUCGAGGAUAUCAUCAGCGAGCUGUUGGAAUGGGCCAAGAACAUCUUUCACGGUAGUCUCACUUGA